UCUGCGUGCGGGGGGGCCCAUGGCCAGCGCGCCCGGCCGGCCGCACCAUGCCGAACAGGGCCGGCCUGGACACCGCGCUGAAGAUGUCCCUGCGGCGGAAAUCCUCCAAGAUCCACUCCUCGGCCGGACCUGUCUGUUCCACCUCGGGCUAUAAGAAGGCGGAUGAUGAGAUGUCCGGAGCCACGUCCGCGGCGGAUCUGGACGAGGCACCAGCCCGCACCAUUUACUUGAACCAGCCCCAGCAGAGCAAGUUCCGCGACAACUGGGUCAGCACAGCCAAGUACAGCGUGGUGACAUUUCUACCUCGAUUCCUGUAUGAGCAGAUAAGAAAAGCUGCAAAUGCAUUCUUCCUCUUCAUUGCCUUACUGCAGCAAAUUCCAGAUGUCUCUCCAACAGGAAGAUAUACCACCUUGGUGCCAUUGCUAUUUAUUUUAACAGUUGCUGGCAUCAAAGAAAUCAUAGAAGAUUAUAAAAGGCAUAAGGCUGACAGUGCAGUGAAUAAAAAGAAAACAGUAGUUCUAAGAAAUGGGAUGUGGCAGAACAUUAUGUGGAAAGAGGUAGCAGUAGGCGAUAUUGUGAAGGUCACCAAUGGGCAGCAUCUUCCAGCAGACAUGAUCAUAAUAUCUACCAGUGAACCACAAGCCAUGUGCUAUAUUGAAACAGCUAAUCUUGAUGGGGAGACGAAUCUUAAAAUACGACAGGGUUUGUCUCAAACUGCUAGUCUCCAGUCCAGGGAAGAAUUGAUGAAAGUGUCUGGGAGGAUAGAAUGUGAAGGACCCAACCGCCAUCUCUAUGACUUCACUGGAAACUUGCGCUUAGAUGGUCAAAGCCCAGUUCCUGUUGGUCCAGACCAGAUCUUGCUGAGGGGAGCACAACUGAGAAACACUCAGUGGGUCUUGGGUAUUGUUGUGUAUACAGGACAUGAUACAAAACUCAUGCAGAAUUCAACCAAAGCACCUCUGAAGAGAUCAAAUGUGGAGAAAGUGACCAACAUGCAGAUCCUGGUUUUGUUCUGUAUUCUCCUGGUAAUGGCCCUUGUGAGUUCUGUAGGUGCCUUAUUAUGGAACAGAACACACGGCGAAGUUGUCUGGUACCUUGGCUCCAACAAAAUGCUGUCUGUCAACUUUGGAUACAAUCUGCUGACGUUUAUAAUCUUGUACAACAACCUUAUUCCAAUCAGCCUUUUGGUGACAUUGGAAGUUGUCAAGUUUACUCAGGCUCUUUUUAUCAAUUGGGACAUAGAUAUGUAUUACCCUGAAACAGAUACACCUGCAAUGGCCAGAACCUCAAACCUUAAUGAGGAACUUGGACAGGUAAAAUACCUGUUUUCUGAUAAAACAGGUACUCUAACAUGCAAUAUAAUGAAUUUUAAGAAAUGCAGUAUUGCUGGAGUGACAUAUGGUCACUUUCCUGAGUUAGAAAGAGAACGUUCAUCAGAAGACUUCAGCCAGCUACCUCCUUCCACCAGUGAAUCGUGUGAAUUUGAUGACCCAAGACUGCUGCAAAACAUUGAAAAUGAUCAUCCCACAGCUGUACAUAUACAGGAGUUCCUCACGCUGCUGGCCGUGUGUCAUACUGUUGUUCCUGAGAGACAAGGAAAUACAAUAAUCUACCAGGCCUCCUCUCCAGAUGAAGGAGCAUUAGUGAAAGGAGCAAAGAAACUUGGUUAUGUCUUCACAGGACGGACUCCCCACUCUGUUAUCAUCGAUGCGCUGGGGAAAGAGAAAACCUUUGAAAUUCUUAAUGUGCUGGAGUUUUCCAGCAACAGGAAGCGAAUGUCAGUGAUUGUUCGAACUCCGGCAGGACAGCUACGUCUCUACUGCAAAGGGGCUGAUAAUGUAAUUUUUGAGAGGCUUUCAAAAGAUUCCCAGUAUAUGGAACAAACAUUGUGCCAUCUCGAAUACUUCGCCACAGAAGGUCUGAGGACAUUGUGCAUUGCUUAUGCUGAUCUGUCAGAGAAAUCUUACAGAGAGUGGUUGAAUGUCUACAAUGAAUCCAGUAUGGUUUUGAAAGACAGAACUCAGAAGCUGGAGGAGUGCUAUGAGAUCAUUGAAAAGGAUUUGCUGCUUCUUGGAGCUACAGCCAUUGAAGACCGCCUGCAAGCAGGUGUUCCAGAAACAAUAGCCACACUAAUAAAGGCAGAAAUUAAGAUAUGGAUUCUGACAGGUGACAAACAGGAAACAGCUCUUAAUAUAGGAUACUCUUGCAGACUCAUUUCACAGAGUAUGUCUCUCAUCCUGGUCAAUGAAGAUUCACUAGAUGCAACAAGAGCUUCUCUGACUCAACAUUGUACCAGUCUGGGGGAGUCACUGCGCAAGGAAAAUGAUAUUGCCCUGAUUAUUGAUGGUCACACACUGAAGUAUGCCCUUUCAUUUGAAGUCAGGCAGAGCUUUCUGGACUUGGCACUCUCCUGUAAAGCGGUCAUUUGUUGCAGAGUAUCUCCUCUACAGAAGUCCGAAAUAGUAGACAUGGUCAAGAAACACGUCAAUGCCAUAACACUUGCCAUUGGGGAUGGUGCCAAUGACGUAGGAAUGAUCCAGACAGCUCAUGUUGGAGUGGGGAUCAGUGGCAAUGAGGGCAUGCAGGCAACCAAUUGCUCGGAUUAUGCCAUUGCACAGUUUUCCUACUUGGAGAAGCUACUGUUGGUCCAUGGUGCUUGGAGUUACAAUAGAGUUACCAAAUGCAUACUGUACUGCUUCUACAAAAAUGUGGUUUUGUAUAUUAUUGAGCUUUGGUUUGCUUUCGUUAAUGGAUUUUCUGGGCAGAUCUUAUUUGAGCGAUGGUGCAUUGGUCUGUAUAACGUGAUUUUCACAGCACUGCCACCCUUUACUCUGGGAAUUUUUGAACGAUCGUGCACUCAAGAUAGCAUGCUUAGAUUUCCACAGCUAUACAAAAUCACUCAAAAUGCAGAUGGUUUCAACACAAGGGUUUUCUGGGGUCACUGCAUCAAUGCCCUCAUCCAUUCCAUCAUUCUUUUCUGGUUUCCACUGAAAGUGCUGGAGCAUGAUGCAGUAUUCACAAAUGGACAGGGAGUUGACUAUUUAUUUGUUGGAAACAUAGUUUACACUUAUGUUGUAGUCACUGUUUGUCUGAAAGCAGGCUUGGAAACAACUGCAUGGACUAGAUUCAGUCACCUGGCCGUCUGGGGAAGCAUGCUGCUCUGGCUGGUGUUCUUCGGGGUGUACUCGGCCAUCUGGCCCACGUUCCCCAUCGCGCCGGACAUGCUGGGGCAGGCUGGAAUGGUGUUAAGAUGUGGAUACUUCUGGUUUGGCUUGUUUCUUGUGCCCACUGCGUGCCUUGUUAAAGAUGUGGCAUGGACAGCGGCAAAGCAUACCUACCAUAAAACUUUGCUGGAGCAAGUUAAGGAGUUGGAAACGAAGACAAGAGAACUGGGAAAAGCCAUGCUUCGUGAUAGUAAUGGAAAGAGCGUGAACGAACGUGACCAUUUGUUAAAAAGGCUCGGCAGGAAAACUCCCCCGAGCCUUUUCCGUGCUCACUCCGUCCAGCAAAGCGUGUCACAUGGGUAUGCAUUUUCUCAAGAAGAACAUGGCGUUGUUUCCCAGUCGCAAGUUGUUCGAUCCUACGAUACAACCAAAAGGAGAACAGAAAUAGAAUAAAUUAUUCUUUACUUGAUGGGUGGUGGGAAUAAUGGGAUUUGGAUCAAUGCAUCCUCUGUUAACACAUUCAUGACUAGAGUUGGCAGCAGCAGCCAAAACACCAGAGAACUCAUUUCUGUGGCCUUAGCCAACAAGUUUCUGUAUUCUCCCUGCAAACCUUGAGUGCAUUGUGGGGGGGGAAAUCAUUGACUUCAGUCGCAAAGCUCUAAAGUUUUGUUUAUGUUGUUAUGAAGCAUUUGACUGUGCUAUGUGAGGUGUGAAAUUAAAAACAAUGUUUUACCACUAUUUAAAACAUUGGCAUAAGGUUGUUCUGGGGGAAAAGUAGAAAAUUUAUGUUCCAUAAGAAAUCAGCCUUUGCUUAAUUGGAACGGGGUGCUGAGAUUUCCUGUUCUGUUACACACAAACCAAGUGCACACAACAGCAUGCAGACUUUACUCCUUGUAUUCACUGUUAAUUAAUUUGGCUGAAAUUUUCAACAGACCAUUUGGCGUAAAAUUUUUGAUUGCAACACAGUUUGUAGCUAAAAAUGCUUAUUUGCCUUCUUAUGACAGAAUAACACAAGAUAGCAAUCAAUUACUUAGACUAUUUCUUGCCCUCUUAUAGGAUUUAUUAGGUUUCUAUCUUAGCUUUCUGAAACUCAAAUAAUAGCUUAUUCACACAGCCAGGAUGUGGAAGUCAGAGCCUGGCAGGGCAGCUGUCUUGAGUGCAUGGCAUUGGACACCAAGAUGAGCUCAACUAGGUGCCUCCUCAUAAUGCUUCAUGAUGUAUUUGGAUGUGCACUUGAAAUGUAGCCUGGGGCUUCCCUCCAUGACCCUAUAACCAGUUUAAUAGUAGAACAAAACUGUGAGAAUUUAAAUUUAAAGGUACCUUCUUGUCAGAUAUGUUGAUAAGAUGUACAUCUGCAUAGGAGGCUGAUAGUGUAACCCUAAAGAAGCCUUCCCCUGGCCAGGUAAGAGAGGUUUGCAGAGGAGGGCAGAAAGGGAUUACACACAUGCAUGGACACACACAGAGCUGGCCAUUGUGAAGAGAAGACCUGCUGUUUGUUUGUUCAGCCAAACCAGUCCCUCUUCUAGAUCUGAUCUUCAACAGGUUUCCCAGAACACUCAGACCCAUGAGCCCUGGAAGGAAUGCCAGCUCCAUGGCCUUGCUGUGCCACUGGGACAGGCGUGCUGCUGCAUAGAUUGGGAUGUUGAAGAGAAAAAAAAAAAAGGCAAAAACUGGGGCAUAAGUUAAAGCUGAAAGAGCUCUUAGAAAGCUUAUGCUGUCCUCCAGACAAAUUCUAUUAAUUUUAGUCGCCAAGCCACAUUUUUGAACAGUAUAAAGUAAAUACUGCUGUGUUUAAGCCAGGCUUCAUGGUUAAUGUAUAUACUACAUCUGUGUAUUUAAAAAGUUGGCGUUGUUUUUUGCCCUAUUGACCAUCAUCCAGAAUACUUUAUUGAUUUAAAUAUAUCCGAAAGCAAUUUGAAUAUGAAUGUUUAUGUUUAGCAAAGGAGAGGAAAGCUCCAGCCUGGCCUACUGGUUUAAUCUUCCUUAAGGGUCGCGAGUAAAGGCCAGUGCUCAAGUGCUGUAAUUCAAUUUCCAGUGCCACCUCAGAGGUACGGAGUCCCCUUCUAGUUUAGAAAAGACAACUUUUGCUCCUGCAAUACCAGUCAGGAUUGCUCUUGGAUUAGGCUGAUGGUGCAGAGGGAAAAGUCAUCACCUUCUUUCUACAGUGCUAAUGAGACAAUUAUGCAAUAAGGAAAACGUGCAAAUAAUUUUGCCAUAGGCAUGAAUGUCAAGGGGCUAAGUGUGGAUGUAUUUUCUGGGAGAGGAAUUUUGUUUAAAGGCACAAAUAGUAGUGCAGAGAAUAAAUAAGAGGAGAGUAAACCUGAUCCCAGGAGUUUUUAAAUCUUAAUGCUGAUAUAACCUGUUAAAACACUUCCUAUUAUUUAGAAACCAAAUCUGUUUAGGAAAUGUGUGGUGUAAGCCUCUCCUCAGAAUCGCUAAUUGUUUCUUCCUUUUGUAAAAACACAAGGAAAAUUAACUUCCCACCAAGGCAAAAUGAGAUCAGCUUAGUCUUUGUACUCUAAGCUACACACCAAACAUUGGCAUGUAAACAAUUUGGAAGCUUUUCAUGAGGCUGUAGAAAAGAAACUUUUAAAAACCUUUGAAUAAUGAAGAAUGGCAAGUAAAUGUAUUAAGCAGAGAAUAGAAGGGGUCCUGGAGUUUUUUCUGUUCUUAACUUAGGGCAACAAAAUUUUGCAGAACAUAAUGAAAGAUGCUGGGGAGGAGCAGCUGUCAUCUGAUGUGAUUUAUUUUAUUAGUGCAGACUAUGGGCUGUAUCAUUUUGACCUCCCUGUAAAUUGAGGUCAGUGUGUGUCACAAACAAAAACCCUCCCUAGAGUGAAUGGUGGCUUAGACUGAGGUACGUGUGUUGGUUGUCAGCUCAAUGGGAAUUGCACAUGGGAUUUGUCACAGGGCUAUACAGUAUGUGACACUGGGGCUAGUGGGUCAGACUUUAUCAUCACUGUAUGACCUUAAUCUCUAGCUGAGUUAAUUCUGUAGAACCCACCCAGGUCAAGACCUGGGAUUCUUCUUGUUCUUUGGAGUCAUUACAGGAAUUAAUGUAUUGUAAUGUGCCACAGACUGGGUGUUGGAGUUGCUUGUCUUGGUGAGCAAUGAUGAGGUGCAUUCGGUGCUGUGUUAGCAGAAGGAGAAUGACAGCUGCUCUGCAUCAACAGAAUUCCUUGUUCAUUAGGCAGAACAUGGAGCAGUAACGGCAGCCUUUGAAAGUGCUGUGUGAAAAUGUUAUCAACUAGACAGGGUAGCGGAGCAGAAGGAAUGGGGGAUUUCUGCGUGACUGUCCAAACUUAACUACUGAGGCUUGAUCAGAAAAGGGCUUCCUGAGCAGCUCUCUGCACUGACCAAAGGGAGAUGGGUUUGCAUAUUCAGAUGGAAGUGAUGAUUUUCCUGAAUUAGAUUUGGCUCUGGUUGCUGCUUUUUAUACCACCAUAAUCGCAGCUUGCAUAGAAGCUGCUGCUCCUUUAAUGAUUGCCUAGUAGCAAUUUAAAGCUGGUGAGCAGGAGCCUGAGCUGCAGUGAGGACUGCUGAGGAGUCUGUUGACGUUUUCUUUUCUUUGACAAGGCUUCGGGUCUUGCUGUAGGGAGCUAGAAUGGGAAGUCAGUAAUAACUUGUCACGAAGAAAUGGUGAAUAACCAAUAAAAGUAUCUGGGUCAAACUAGGGUGCUAAUAUACCAAAAAAUGUGGGUAGAAUUAACAUGAACUACAUGGGCUGUAAAUUAAGAUAACAGUCAAGCCUGGCUAAUCUGCAGUUUACUAGACUACACACUCUGUAGUGCGUGGCCAAAAUUGUGCAGUCUCUUCCCCUGCCUCAGCCAGCAGCUCAUAGCAGAUCCUGCAGGGAAGUCUUCUGUUGCUAAGAUGAUGUUAUUUUUUACAGCAUGUACUGGAGUGUGUUUGCUGGGAGACAGUCAUAGUAAUAAAGUUGUAAAUAAAGCAGAGAAAGCUUUAUUUAUGUGAAUAUGUGAAAUAUGGGGACAUGGUCAGUGGCCACACAGGGUGCAACUUGGCCUUCUGUGGACAACCCAAGAGCCUGAGAGGUGCACAGUCCUUACACUGUCCCUGUCCUGCAGGCUUAGUUUGCUCUUUUGGACUAACUCACUAAAUCUUCUGUUUUCACAUUGCUUCCAUUCAUUAGUGGAGACUAGUGAUACUCUAUUUACAUUCUCCCUUGGCUUUAUAACUAAUGACUUAAUUUAAUCUUUAAAUGCUCAGAGGAGUGUUUUUCUGGCAGCUCAGGUUUGCAGCAGAGCAGGCAUUGAGUGGGUGCUUGGCCCUGAGAAGCACCUUGGGUUUAUCAGAUUUCUCAUUAAUGUUAAGCACUGAGGUUAUUUUACCUUUAUUUUGAAUCAUCACACAGUACCAAUGCCUUAAACUUCAAUCAGGUUGCAGGAGAGCUCUUUGUGUCCUGUAGAGUCUAACAAGAAAUGGUGAUGGUAUAAAAUACCUGAGGGGUUGGAGAGGAGAAUUUGGCUGUGUCUAUGCUAUGCCUGGUUUUAGACUGCUUCUAAAAUAUGGCACUGACCAUGUAUGUUCCUCAGCCUCCAGAGAGUUGGACCCCUUCUGUCCUGUCAGGAAGGAUUCUUACACUCACCUCUUCCCAGUACACUGUAAAUACCCAAGAGAGGCUUCACUACCUUUCAGCAUCUGUGACCAGAGCUGUGUGUCCGGAGAAGGCCACAAGAUAGGUCAGUACAAUAGGUGACAAUAAAAUAAAUCCAUAUGGGUACCUUUUCCAUAUGUAGCAGUAAGAUUAAUGGAGGCUUUGAGCUUUGUUGGCAAAUGAAAACCAGAAAGUGCCCUGCACUGCUUGGCCACACAAGUGAAUCCCAAAGGUGAUCGCUUCUCAAUGACCUGCAGGAAGCCUAGACAGCCUGACUGAGUUUAUCUGGCCAGGAAUGUGCUUUUGGAUGGGCUGUCUGGAGAGGUGAAGGGACUGAGAAACAAAAUAGAUCAGCCAAGACCAGUGCUGCUGUUAGAGGUUAGUGGGGGGAGGGAUUCCUCAGGCAUCUGUGGAGAGCUAUGAUAAAGCUGAUUUCUUUGGUUCCUUCCUGUGGCUCUGGGAAGGGAGCAGAGCCAAGCUGAGAAUUUGUGAAGCACUGUUACCUCCUGAAGCUGAGUUUCUCUGGUACCAAGCUGAGUUCUGGACUUAGAAUGAAUCCCUGCCAGAGGUGCUCCCGGCUUAGCGUGCUUUGGCUCUAGCAGAUUGUUUACUGGGUUAUGAAGAUUGUUAAAUUGUUUACUGGUUCCUCUUUACCUCAUGGACUUACCAGAACUGAGCACUGGAAUUAUUUCAGUCCUGACUAACACUCCAUCAUGGAGAGUUAGUGGUUCUUCUGCUUAGCUGUUGCUCCUGGGCAGGUUCCUGUCCCUCAGGCCAGUGCAAGGGGCUUGUUAAUCUGGGCUCCUGGAUCUCUUUGUGAUAGUGUGUGAGGCCCAGGGGUUGUUUCAUUUGGAUUCAUGGCCUGCUCAUGUGUGAUGUAGACAGAAGGUAAAGUGGCUGAGUACUGGUGUUUAUCCAAAGCCUUCUUUUAUGUAUGAAGAAGGUGAGAUAAGUUCUCCUGAAGUCUGCCACAAGAGGUCCAUUCUCCUUCAGCGUCUUUGUAGCUACUAAAGAGAAACAGAAGUUGGUAAAUGACAAAUUCUGUGUGGGCAAUCCCAGCUCUGGGCAAUCACUCAGAAGUCUAACAAUGAAGAAAAGUGUUAAUAUAUUGCCAAACUGUCACUGUGCAUAGCUGGAAGGUCAGCACCCUUGUAAUUAUGGAGCAGUGAAGCCAAGGGAAAAAGCCAACAUUAAGAGAAAGACAUGAUUGUUUUAAAUUCUAACUACCUUACUGGGUGGUUUUCCUGCGAAGAUGUUCCAGAUGUCGUCUUGGCAUAAAUUAAUCAAUUUCAAAACAUCUGCAGGCUUUCUUAGAAAACAUGGAGUUUACCAGACAGUGCUUAUGCUCUCCUCAGCCCUUCUGGUUGAUAUGUUGAUUCAGAAAGGGAAUGAAGGUACUUGCUGUUCUUACUGUCGGGAGUUCAUAGACUGGAAAGUUGCUCAAAGUUGUUGCUCAACUCUUUUUUUUUUUUUUUUUUAAAGAGCUCCAGUUAUAAAGCAAUGAGGCAGCCAAGCCCUCUGGGACUGUGUACAUGUGUGUGUUGGAAGAGUUGUGUGACUUGAAAACCUCCCCUUGUCCCUCCUUCUGUCCCUCAAAGUACAGCCCAUUGUACUGGAGGUUAAAUAUUCAGUGUCUUGAGUGACAGGAUCCUUAACAGCAUCUUUUUCAUCAGCGAGCCAAGUCCUGUGCCCGCUUGUCUGUCAUAUCUGUACUCAAAUUGCUUAAAUAUUGUUUCAGAUGGGGACGUUUUAAUCUGGAUUUGUGGAGAGGAGUGGUGCUGUGGGGGGAUGUUUAAUUGGCUCCCAGCAGAGCAGCAGUGGUGUGUGGGUUUUUUACUCUAGAAGUGUUACCAUUUUCAGGUCCUAUUAAUGUCCUCUGGUAGUUUAAAUACAGCAUUGCAUUACAGUGGAGUUUGUUUCCCUCUCAGACUGAAUACAAAUGAAGGUCAUUUACUUGUAUUUUUAGAAGGUUCAGAAAACUUAGACAAUUUGUAGCUUUGAACAGCAUUGUUGACUGUUGUAUGUCUGCACAAAAAUAUUUCCAAUAAACCUUUUAUUAAAGCAAUCCA